UCAGUGCCUGUUAAUUUUCUAAUGAUAUAGCCAUAUAUAAGUAGCAAAUCAGAGUUUACAGUUCCAAUUAUUUAAUCAAGUUCUUACUGUGCAGUUAUGAAAAGAUAGGUGGAUCUUACUGGUUAAUAGAAAAUCAUAUUUUGUUUUGCAUUAAUUUUAUAGGAGAAACCAGGCCAAUAAAUGCAUUCACAAUACUACAGCCUGCAAAAUUGUCACAAAAUAUCACUUAUUUUGUUACAAAACUAAGAUCCGUAACAGAAUGUUAAGGAACUGUAGUAAGAUACUAACCCUUGUCCAAGAAUAUACCUCAUUCAUAGCUUAGUUGAUAACCAAGGGAUCUGUCAACUUAUUUUUUUUCCCAUCCUCAGCAACUACAAUUAUCCGUUUUGUUAGUUUGAUAGUUAAGAUUUGAGAGUGAAAAAGACGUUAUGAUUUUCAUAAAUGUGCCGUUGAAACUCAGUCAUUUCAUACGGGCAUUAACACAUACUUUAGUCAGUUUUCCUUGUUACAUCCUUUGCAUUAUGUCAAGAAUGGGAGUUUCUGAAACCCAACUUAAAUUUGCAUGUAUUAGUUAAUGGGAAUUUCUUUGUUCUUUUGGUACUUCUGGUUAUCCUUGUGGAAGUACUGUGCAGUCAUUGUUGGAAAAGGUCCGAGUGUUCUAUCAAAUAUUACUGGAACUCAACUCUGGUUCUGGUUUGAGGUCAAGAAUGAAGAAAACUCAUUUGCUUUUCGUGCUGUAAUACGACUUUAAGUUUCUGGUUUCCAUGCAUUCUACUGAUAUAUAACAGAUAAUUUGGGGUCAACAUGAGAUGAAAGUGUUGUAUAGGACUUGAUGUUGAUCUAGGAUCAUUACUGUGUCGAAUACCCCUGAUUUUAGCACUCAGCCUAAAUUUUUGGAAAUAUUCACUAAAGGGAUCAGAUUCUUACAUUGAUCUGGAUCGGGCUUCCGUUUGAAGAAGUAACCAUAUAGGUUAUUGACGAGAUAUUGGUCCGGCUUGUACUAGAUACUGAGCUUAAAAUUUAGGUGAUACUUGAUAAAAUUGUAGCCGAUUAUUGGGUACCAAGCAACCCAAGGGUUGCUAAUGAACUCACCAAGGGCAUUUAUUCAUUUACACCUACUAUAAGAUGCAAUUAAGAGAAGGAAAGAAUCAAGAACUGAUGCUAUAUAUGUUUGGUUUGGUUUGAACUGGAAGAAUGACACCCAAAAUUGCUGCAAAAUGGGAAUCACCCCAAAAUGAAUGAGAAUGAAGAAUUGAUGACAUUCAUGACAUUGCUAACUGCUUUGCUUCAUAAACAAACCAUACAGUAUCUGAUUACACUGAGCAUCUGAGCAAGUAGCAAAGGCUGCAAAGCUAUGCUUCAUUUCUUGGGUCAGUAAUCUUUGAUCUAUCCCAUUCCCAGUUCCUGGUCCCCUUUUCUUCAUUUUCUUUUUUUAAUUGCAGUUUCCUGGACCCCAUUGCAGCCCCCUUAAAACCUUCAUAAAAUUUCCCUAAAUAGAUAAUUAUCUCAAUACCAAGGGACCUAGCAAUCCUGUCAUAAUUCACAAACAAUCUCAACUCUUAGGGCAAUGUCUAAACUAGUACUUAACCAUCGAAUCGUUAUGGAGAAAGCAAGAAGCUGAUGGAUUAGCCUCACCAGUCACCGUAACAAAUACAGUUUAACUUAUGGGGAAUUAACAUAACAUUCAACUCUUCGUAUUAAUUAGGCUAUAAACAGAAGAUAUUUUAACAAAACAAGAGACCAAAAGAUUUGUGCUCAUUCAUAUAAUUCAAAGAAGCAGUGCACUAUGCAGAUGAUCCUAUUUAAGAAACAUCGUUUGGUUAACUUUGGUGCAGAGAACCCCAUAUGAUUUGCUUUAACUUCUAUGAGAUUCCAUAAAAAAUAAAGAAGGUUAGCAUUUAAAGACAUGCAUUGUUAUAUAUUGUAGUGAACUCCGGUAACGUUUCAGAUGUGUUGUGGUUUUGAGAAUACUUGCUCUGAUCCUAUGUUUUACUCUAUUGCUCUAUCCGCUUUUUGUGCUGUUCUUCUCUUUCUUGAUGCUGCAAAUGGGAAAACUCAGCAUCAUAAGUUUGUGGUAAAGUCAUCUCCCUAUAGCCGACUAUGCAAUAGUAAGGACAUCUUGACUGUGAAUGGGAGAUUCCCAGGGCCAACUUUGAAAGCUCAUAGAGGGGAUAAAAUGAUUGUUGAAGUCCAUAACAAGGCAAACUAUAACAUCACUCUUCAUUGGCAUGGAGUUAGACAAGUAAGAAAUCCUUGGUCGGAUGGACCGGAGUACAUCACACAAUGUCCUAUACAGCAAGGAAACAAGUAUACUUACAGACUUGAGUUUACUUCAGAAGAAGGAACAAUAUGGUGGCACGCGCAUAGUGGAUGGGCAAGAGCAACAGUUCAUGGAGCCAUUUUCCUGUAUCCCAAACCUGGACCCAAACCUGGAUCAAGCUAUCCUUUUCCCAAACCUUAUGCUGAGGUCCCAAUCAUACUUGGUGAGUGGUGGAAGAGAGAUGUCAUAGAAAUACCAAGAAAUGCAAAUUUAACAGGAGGAGAACCUAUACUCUCAGAUGCCUAUACUAUCAAUGGAGAACCGGGCUUUCUAUAUCCGUGCUCCAAAAAAGGGACGUUUCAGAUGCUAGUUGAACAUGGAAAAACCUAUCUUCUUCGGAUAAUUAGUGCGGUGAUGGAUGAAGAGCUAUUCUUCGGCAUUGCGCAUCACAAGCUGAUAUUAGUGGGAAAGGAUGGUUCCUAUACAAAACCAGUUGAAACCUCUUACAUAAUGAUAGCACCUGGCCAAACCAUGGACCUGUUACUACAAGCAAAUCAUCCUCAUGCGCACUAUGGUAUGGCUGCAAGAGCAUAUUCAAGCGCCUUUGGAGCUGGUUUCGAUCAGACCAUGACAUCUGCCAUUGUUAGAUAUCGAGCUUCAAAUGAUCAUGACCACCACUCUCAAAGCCUCCCUGCUUUCCCACAUCUUCCACCCUAUAACAGAACAGAAGCAGCAACAGACUUUCUCAAGAAAUUUAGGAGCCUUGCAACAAAAGAACACCCUACCAAAGUUCCAUUACAAGUAGACACCCACUUGUUUUUCACCAUAUCCGUAAACCUUCUUAACUGCAGUAAUAAACCGUGCUCUGGUCCCUUUGGAAAAAGGUUUUCGGCUAGUGUCAACAACAUAAGCGUUGUCAUGCCACAGUCAAUCGACAUCCUUCGAGCUUAUUAUUACAAAAUUCCUGGGGUAUUCGAGAAGGAUUUUCCAGCCAAACCACCUAAGGAAUUAAAUUACACUGGUGAUGAUCUUCCAGAGGGAUUUUUAGCACCUUCCUAUGGGACUAAAGUGAUGGUUUUGAAGUACAAUGCAAGUGUUGAGUUGGUUUUGCAAGGCACCAAUGUGUUAGCAAGUGAUAAUCAUCCUGUACAUUUACAUGGAUAUACAUUUUAUGUUGUUGGAUCUGGUUUUGGAAAUUUCAAUCCUAAAGAGGAUCCUUUGAGAUACAAUCUUAUUGAUCCUCCGGAGGAGAGUACUGUUGGAGUUCCUAAGAAUGGCUGGGUCGCAAUCCGAUUCAGAGCAGAUAAUCCAGGCGUGUGGUUGAUGCAUUGUCACAUAGAGCGUCAUCAAACAUGGGGAAUGUUUAUGGUAUUCCUAGUCAAAAAUGGAGUUGGUCAUCAACAUAAAAUUAUUUCACCUCCUCAUGAUUUGUCUACUUGCUAAAGGGUACAGAUUCUUACAUUGAUCUUGAUCGAGCUUCUGUUUGAAGAAGUAACCAUAGGUUAUUCAUGAGAUAUUGGUCCUGCUUGUACUAGAUAUUGAGCUUAAAUUUUAGGUGAUACUUGAUCAAUUAGUAGCCGAUUAUUGCGUACCAAGCAACUCGAGUCCCGAUGGUUGAUAAAGAACUCACCAAAGGCAUUUAUUCAUUUACACCUACUAAAAGAUGCAAUUAAAGAGAGAAGGAAAAAAUCAAGAACUGAA